AUGGACAAGAGCAGUGCCAACGGGGGCCCGCCUAGCUAUGCCCCAACGCCGUCUUCCUCGGCCUCGCAACCCACGGCAACCGCAUCCGCACCUCCACCGGUUGUGACGCCAUCGACUGUGCCGAGCCAAGCUGCAACCGAUGAUGUUACGACCGAGCAACUUAAACUCGAAGACCUUCCUCGUGGUGUGACGCUCAAAGAAGCUUCCAACCCGGCCUCCGUUUACAACAACACCAAGGUCUCGCUCGAGCUGCCGCUCAUCACAGCUUCCAAACGCAUUCCUAGCCCGCCAGCUCAAUCCGCACCUUUACCGCCCUUCUUGCUGCACUGCACGCUGUUUGCAUCGUACGAUAUCAAUGCGCCCCAUCCAGUCCCCUUUCGACAAGUCGGCUGCCCCGCCACCCACUCUCGUGGCCAGCCAUCGGCAACUUCCAAGAACAAGGUUUCGCAGUCCGUCUCGAAGCUGCGCAAGCGCCUCGGCGUCCAGCUCCCCGUAGCCUACCUCGGCAGUGCGGGCUUCAAUCCGAGCUCGACCGCAUCUUCGUCACCGUACGCAAGCUUGCUUGCCUAUCUUGCACAUCCUCAGCCGAGGAAUGGCGCCGAGAUGGCGGCUCGUUCGGGCAACGUCAGCCGCUACCGCAAAGUGAGCCUUUUCCAAGCACAGGCGAAGGAGCUGACGGGCAUCGUGUCGAGGCCGUUGGUGGAAAGAGUCAUUUCAGCCAUCUAUGCGGGCCAAGGAAUCUACGACAAGAUGGCCGUGUUCCCAGCUGAGGCGGUGCUGCGAUAUUCGAACAAGCCGUUGGUCGCAGCAGAUGCGAGCAACGGUGAUGACGACGGGCAGCAAAAGACAGGUUGGCUGGCCAAGCUAAAAGGCAAGGCCAAGGGUAAAGCCAGCAGCGGCAACAGCAAGACGGACGAUACCUCGCAUGCGAUCGAGCAGGUCAAGUCUGCCGAAAGCGUCCGCAGAGUCGCCACCCGAAACGACGAGGACGACAAGCCGUCCGAGGUACGCUCCGUGAAGACGGCCAUGGUGUUUGCCACCCUGGACCUGCUCGCACCUCCGCCACGCUUGCUCGAGACCGGAGGUCCCUACCCGAUCGAGAUGAACAAGGCGUCGGACGCGGACCUGGCCACGUCUGCGCGUCUGAUCAGCGAGUUCGAUCGAGGCACCGACGACGAGCGUUUCGAAAAGUUCCUCUUCGCACCCACCGCAGCGGACGAGCAGCUGUCUGCCGACAUGCUACGUGCCCUGGAGCGCCGUGGAUGCAUCUGGGCGGAAGCGGGCCGGCUGAUCACGCCGAGCUCGAGAAAUCCGAACCCAAAAGAGCGAGCGAGGUUCCUGGUCAAAGGUCUGUUCCCGGAACGCUUUGUGUAUCGAUGCAAGUACUACCGUGGACGCAAGUUCGAGCCUAUGCCUAGCGAUCUCGAUGCGAAGGAAGUCAAGAAGUUUGGCUCUCCACUCAUUGUGCAUCUCGUUCCCGAGCGGACGGGGAACGAAGGCAUUGAUCUGUGCGACUAUCUGGCCUCGCAGCCGACACCGACGCUGACGGGUACGGCUGCUGCUGCUGGCGCAGAGGAUGAACAGGCAAAGCUCGACUGGGAGUUCGAUGACGAGGACAACAUCACGUUCAACGAGCCCUCGGCCGCGACGAAUGUAGACAACACUGCAGCUGCGCCUCCACCGGACUACACUGCGACGCAGAAGGAGCUGCUCAAAGGAUACGGGAUUGAAUCGCAGAGGGCAAAGGCGCUGAUCGAGGCCGAGAAGGACUUUUUCCACGGCUGGAGCAUCGGCGUCACUGAAGAGCCGUUCAAGAACGGCGGUUGGAUGGAGAGCAUGGGCACAGGCUCGUCGUUGUGGUUCGCUGCCAGCGGGCUAUAG